AUGUCUAGAGUCAAUUAUGCUGAGCUCGAAAGAGGCAACUUUUCCGACGACUCUUCCGAUUCCUUUGACGAGGAGAACUACUCUCGGAAAAACAAGGAUGACGACUAUGCCUAUGGGGGCCCGAAUCCAAAAAGGAAGAGAGCCGCUCCAAGACCGAAAGCAAAGGCGCAGAGCAGCGAUAUUCCAACGGCAGCAGCAAACAAAAGAAAGGCAGACGAGGCCAUCGAUGUUAUUAGUCAGAACCUAAGUGAUGACGAGUUUGCGCAAGACCAACUCGUUGAAAUCACUCCAGAUAUUCCUACUGAUUAUGUCCCGGAUGCUGUUUCCAAAGUGUUCAACAGAAUGGACUUUCUGUACUUGAAAUUAAAACCAGACCACUUCUCACGGCCCAUAUGGAUCUCUCCAGUCGAUGGCAGAAUUAUCUUAGAGUCUUUUUCUCCCUUGGCCGAACAAGCACAGGAUUUUUUGAUCACCGUUGCUGAACCCAGAUCUAGACCAUCGCAUAUCCACGAAUAUGCCAUCACACUGUAUUCGUUAUAUGCGGCGGUUUCUGUCGGGUUGGAAACUGACGAUAUCAUUGCGGUGUUGAAUCGGCUCUCGAAAACUCCUGUUCCUGAGUCGUUUUUGAAAAUCAUCAGAGAGGCCACCAUCAAGUUCGGUAAAGUGAAACUUGUGUUGAAACACAACAGAUACUUUGUGGAGAGCUCCCAGGCGGACAUUUUGCAAAUGCUUUUGAAGGAUCCUGUUAUCGGCCCGUUGCGUUUGCCAGCUCAUUCGGAACAGCAACAACAUCUGGACUUGAUUCUGUCGCUGGCUCCAACACAGGGCGAUCUAGUCAUACCGGGGGCCAAUCCCGCUGCUGCAAAUGCGUCAAAGGAAAACGUCGACGAUAUUUUUGCUUCUGUUGUUGGUAAGAAACCCACAGAUGAAGAUGACGAUUUAGACACUGUCCACUCGUUUGAAAUUGCAAGUGAGUCUGUUGAAAUCGUCAAGAAACGGUGUGCCAAUAUAGAAUAUCCUGUCUUGGAAGAAUAUGAUUUCCGGAAUGACGAUCGAAACGCCAAUCUCGAUAUAGACUUGAAGCCAUCAACGCAAAUCCGGCCGUACCAAGAAAAAUCCUUGUCUAAGAUGUUCGGUAAUGGCCGUGCAAGAUCUGGCGUCAUUGUUUUGCCCUGUGGUGCUGGUAAAACGUUGGUUGGAAUUACUGCUGCUUGUACCAUUAAAAAAUCUGUGAUUGUCCUUUGCACAUCUUCUGUGUCUGUUAUGCAAUGGAGACAGCAGUUUUUGCAGUGGUGCACGAUUCAACCUGAAAAUGUGGCUGUUUUCACCUCGGAAAACAAGGAAAUGUUCUCCAGUGAGGCUGGUUUGGUUGUUUCUACUUACUCCAUGGUGGCUAAUACUCGCAAUCGUUCGCACGAUUCCGAGAAAGUCAUGGAUUUUUUGACUGGGCGAGAAUGGGGUUUCAUUAUUUUGGAUGAAGUGCAUGUGGUUCCAGCAGCAAUGUUCAGACGAGUGGUUAGUACGAUCGCUGCCCAUGCUAAGUUGGGACUUACUGCUACUUUGGUGCGUGAGGACGAGAAAAUUUACGAUUUGAACUUUUUAAUUGGACCAAAGCUUUAUGAGGCGAAUUGGAUGGAGCUAGCGCAAAAGGGCCAUAUUGCCAAUGUCCAGUGUGCAGAAGUGUGGUGUCCGAUGACAGCAGAAUUUUAUCAGGAAUACUUGAGAGAGUCAGCCAGAAAGAGAAUGUUAUUGUAUAUCAUGAACCCGACAAAGUUUCAGGCAUGUCAAUUCUUAAUCCACUAUCAUGAAAAACGAGGUGACAAGAUCAUCGUCUUUAGUGAUAAUGUGUACGCUCUACAAGAGUAUGCAUUGAAGUUGGGAAAACCAUUUAUCUACGGUUCGACGCCUCAGCAAGAACGUAUGACUAUUUUGCAAAACUUCCAGCACAAUGACCAAGUGAAUACUAUCUUUUUAUCGAAAGUGGGUGACACAUCGAUCGAUUUGCCGGAGGCUACAUGCUUGAUCCAGAUAUCUUCGCAUUACGGUUCGAGAAGACAAGAAGCGCAGCGGUUGGGCCGGAUCUUGCGGGCCAAAAGACGUAAUGAUGAAGGUUUCAAUGCCUUUUUCUAUUCGCUUGUGUCCAAGGAUACGCAAGAAAUGUACUACUCCACCAAGAGACAGGCAUUUUUGGUGGAUCAAGGUUACGCCUUUAAGGUUAUUACACAUUUGAGCGGCAUGGAAAGUCUACCGGACUUGGCGUAUUCAAGUGCCCGUGAGCGGAGAGAGUUGUUGCAGCAAGUUUUGUUGAAAAACGAAGAUGCUGCUGGUGUGGAAGUGGGAGAUGAUGAAGAUACAAACUUUAUGCCUAAGGACAGGAGACAUGAGAUGAGCAGCGCAUCCAGAACUGCUGGGUCUUUGGCAGGCUUAGCUGGAGGCGAAGAUAUGGCAUACGUGGAAUACAGCAAGAACAAGAACAAGGAAUUGCGUGAACAGCAUCAUCAUCCAUUGAUUCAAAAAAUGUACUACAAGAAAAAGAAGUAA